AUGGAUGGAGGCCGUCUGCCUCUUGAGGCGUGGUUUUGGGAAAUGCCGACGUGUACUCGGUGGUGGACCACUGCGACUGUUCUGACAAGCGCCUUGGUUCAGUGCCAGAUGGUGACACCUUUCCAACUCUUCUACAGCUUCCGCGCUGUAUUUGUGAAAUCACAGUAUUGGCGGCUCUUGACAACAUUCCUAUACUUCGGCCCCUUUUCGCUCGAUCUCCUCUUCCACGUCUACUUCCUCCAACGCUAUGCACGACUUCUUGAAGAGUCAUCCGGGCGUUCGCCCGCGCACUUCUCAUGGCUGCUCCUCUAUGCGAUGGCUAGCCUAAUCGCCUUGUCGCCACUCGUCUCGAUGCCCUUCCUCGGCCACCCGCUCUCAUCCACGCUCGUAUACAUCUGGUCCCGGCGGAAUCCCGAUACCAGACUUAGCUUUCUGGGUCUGCUCGUCUUUACCGCCCCGUACCUCCCGUGGGUGUUGAUGGGCUUCAGCCUUGUCCUUCACGGCACUGUUCCCAAGGAUGAGAUCAUGGGUGUUGUGAUUGGACACGUCUGGUACUUUUUCAGCGACGUUUACCCCCCACUGCACAACGGUUCCCGUCCUCUGGACCCUCCAAGCUGGUGGAGGCGUCUGUUCGAGCCGCGUGCCCGUAACGACGUGGAUGAGGGUACUGACAAUGACAUCUUGGUCGCUGGAGCGAGGGACGUGGCGCCCCGUGACUUGUGA